AUGAACGAUCGUCGGGAAACGGAAAAGAGAAAAUGCCAUCUCACUCCCUCCAUGUUAGAGGAAGAUUCCUCUCGAGUGAAGAGACUGACUCCCGUGGAUCGAAAACUACUUCGGAGCAGAAAAAUAAGAAACGAUAUUUUAAGAAAACGUAUAGGAAGGAAGAGAACUGGAAAACACGGAACAUCUGGGAAGAGAUUGAAGGCAAGAAAGGUUGGAAGAAGACGAUCAAAAUCAAAGAGGAUGAGAGGGAGUAAAGAAAGAGGAAGUUCUAUGAGGAGAAAGGGACGAAGCGGAAGAAGUUCUCGAAGAAGGGGUAGUCGCGGCAGAAAGAAAAUAGGGAGUCUGUAG